AACCACCUUCAACGGUCGUUGAAAAGCGCGUUCAACCGAUCGUUGAGCAACAUCGGUUGCGUUUGAACUGGCAAGAGGAAGAUUCUCCCGGUUACGUGGCCAGCUUAGACGACUAUACAGCUACUUGCGCUCCAAUUGUGAAUUUGGGGUCCUCUCCUCUUCAUGACUGUUAAUAGUAUAUGCUACUUUUCUUAGCGCAUCUUGCCUGACUGUCUGGCUUGCUAAAAGAUCAAAUUUUCAAACAGUCCACCAGAGCAGGUCAUCUGUCCCUUCCACUACGGGCGCUGGGACAGAACGAUGCCGAAGAUAACGAGGCGACAUCGAAGACGAGAAUUGCCAGGCGGCAAAUGCGUCAAGAGGAUGUCGCGGCCUGAGCAGGGCAUGACUUUUGUAUCAGACAUCUCCGCUCGCCCGCGUGCGUUCAAGACCGGGAACCACAAGAAAUGCUCAGAGGUUUCGUCCGUUCCCUGCAAGAAAAACCCGUGUCCGAUGUACUCUACGCAUUAUAUUCUCUCGUCGGGACACCAGAGGGGCUGGGUUCCGUUUCAGGCGCAGCAUAUAAUUCUGCAGUCAAUCCAGCGGCAUCUCGAAUAUCAUGCAUUUUGGUAUGUCGAGCGGUAUUUCCUCCCGGAAUCGGUACAAAAUGGGUGGACAUGUCCGGAGGCUUUGGAACUACACAAGCUGUUUCAAUUUCUCAAUCGACACCGACGCGCAUCAACAGCGAAUCCUUCAGGUCCAGCUGUCAGCGAUAUCCAAGGCUGGCGAGAUUCGAUCUCGGCUAUUCGCCACGCGGCGGUCCAUCAUCUCGCCCAAGAUCGACAAUCGCUUCUGCGGAUGACUCGAGCAGCCAUCAGUUUUGUUCAACUCUCCGGCGUCUUAGGAAAUACCUGCGGGUCGCGCUUCCAAGGCCAUCUGGACGGUCUGUCGUUCCACGGCGACAGGCAAAUCUCCGGUCCUGCCGAGUAG